AUGGACACGUCUGCUUCGUUUCUGUGCUCCAUCGCACCAGAGCUGCUCUUGGAGAUUUUCUCUUACCUCACACCCACCGCGGAAUACCAUACAGCACACCCCGACCGCCCACAUGCCCUCACAAUAUUUUCAGUUCGGCUUACCUGCCGUUAUUUCCUCGAUCUGAGCGAGCAACUCGUGCACGUGCACUUCUAUAACCACCACGUGCACCUACGGAUCAUGGGCGCGGACCCCAGCCUAUGGACGAGGGUCAGAACAGCAGUCCUGCAAGAAACUGAGGUCUACAGAACAUCUGAAUCCUUCCGAUCAUACCUUAACCUCAGAGAUGUCACAAAGCAGCUAGGCUUUCGGACUGUGAGAGCCGGCGAAACGCUCGGUCUGAAUGGCUUGCUACCUGACUACAUGUUCAUAACAAUACACGAUCAAUGGCCUUGUCCCGGACGCGAUACCGAGCAAGCAUUGCUAUUAUGUUUCAUGUCGAACCUCGAGGACUUGGUGCACUACUCCCGAAGCUACGAUUCCAUAUCCAGCUCGAAUACUGGCGGUAGAGAGGAAGAUCGAUCUAUCCUUGCGCCUAUCCUUUUUGCUGGCCAAGGUAUCCCGUACGGCAACGUCCAUAAGUUCGAGCAUUUGCGAUCAUGUCGGAUUGACAUGCAAAAUAUGGAGAUCGGUGACAUCGCACCUAUCUUCUGUCUUCCAGCCAUGCGUCGUCUCUGCUUGAUGAACUGCCGACAAGGCCGUCGUAGCCACCGUCGCGUUCAAACGGACCAAGAAGUAGGUACCGUGUGCGAAAAUUGGUGGUGUCGAGAAGGGACUUCCAACGUUGAAGAGCUGGAGUUGCGCGGAAUCGCUGAGCGUGAACCUAUCAUCGCUACUAUGAUAAAAUGCUGCAAAGCGCUGAUAUCGUUUAUCCUCGAUGUUCGUUACUCAAACCAGCUUUCUUCAACGGAAGACAUGCUUCAUGUACUUUCUGCAUCACACCCUCACACACUUCGAACGAUCCAUAUAGAAGAGGAUACGGACUUUUCCCGUCGAGGACACACCACAGGCGUUGCGACGACGCUUGCUAAAUUCGAAGUGUUGCAAGACUUCCGUAUUCCAAUUCGAUUGCUAGCACCGACUGGUGACUGGGACGAAACAACUAUUGCGCAAGCGAACCAUCUCGCCGGAAACCUCCCCGCCGCUCUCGAGUCCUUAACACUCGAUGCCGCUCCCGUCCACAAGAACGAGAUCUACACCAAAGCGUUUCUAGUUACUUUGCACCAGCACUGUUUACAGACGCCGAAUCACCGACUCAAAAGGGUUCGUGUAGUCGAGAACUGGGAUAACGUAACCACUGGAUAUGUUGCCGUGGGUCUCGAGGCUGGCGAAAGGUUUUGCGAGGAGAACGAUAUUCAUUUCCUGUAUGACGUUGUUUGUCGCAAUCUCGGAGGUGAAGAAGAUGUCGAGUAUAAAGAUGAUAUGAUUCUGGAUAUGGAGAACGGGGAGAAGCUGCUAGAACAUACGACGUAUUUUAGUCGAGGGUAUGAAAGGAUUAUACCAAAGGAAGGAGUAGAGGAGAGGAUCAAGAAUUAUAUGAUGAUGAAGCGGGGAAAGGGAUCUGGACAUGGAGUAUCUGCUGGGGUUGAACGGGAUGAAAGUGCAGAGAUGGAAUAAGAAGAUCGGGGGACCAAUGGCGAGCCACCAGGAUGGACUGUUCCAUUCGACCCCGAGGUGCAGAUGCGUCACUC